AUGAAUGACACCGUUCAGACAACAGCCGCUCAAUGCGCCCUCGCCUUGCCGGAGAUUGUAUCUAUGAUCCUCCAAUGGAUUUGUCUUGGAUGUAGACGCUGGGACUCGGUGUGGUAUUUUAUCGCCCUCAAACGUCCUAUUUUGGAUUGUGGACUCGUCAAUUGGGUCUGGUUUCAUCAAGCCAUGCGCUAUCUCUGGAAGAAGCCCAUCCCCGGUGACCUUCCGAAGCUUCUUGAGAAAGUCACGCCACAACGCCGACAGCUUUACGCCAACCUUGUUGAGGAAGCAGGAAUGUGUGUCAUCAAUGGCCACAGAGUCCCGUAUUACGAUGCGAUGCUGCGCGAACUACGAUUUCCAAAACUCAAGUUCUUAACUCUCAGGACCGAGCCUGGCCAUAAGCAGAGCCAGGACUUCGAGUGCCAUAUCCCUCGAUUAGGAUCGAAUCAUAUCAAGACGGUGUUUAUCGACUGUUCUUACAGGAUGUGGCCUGCGUUGGCAACGUAUGAAAUGCAUGAGGUCCUUCGUCAAAUCCCGGCUGCUUUCCCUGAGGUAGAAGACAUAUGCUUUGACAAGGCACAAGAGGCCACUAUAGGUGCAGAGGAAUGGUUGGCACAACAACUCCCUGGUAAACAAUUUAUAUUUCUAAAUUUCUUUUGA